ACGUACAACUGUAGGUACCAUUUGGGGUCUACUGCCCGGGUUCCGGGCGGAAGCAACAACUGCCGAAAGUCUCCGAACAAUUCAAAUUAAGAAGCGAGCUUUCGUUACCACAAUACUCGCUAUUUACUUACUUUGACGAGUGGUACGACUAUAGUAUGAACCUAACACGCAUUGACUACACGUCACUCGGCGAUUCGUUUGACUACGGAGUAAUGACGAAAACGACGAGAAUUGAUGAUUUCAACACAGGGGUUAUGUACGUCAUUAAUGCGGCUGAUGGAAACUGUUCGAUCCAGUCUAUUCCAACAACAGAUACUUUUGGUAGGCCUGUAGGACAAGGAGGGAGUAUUCGAAUUGCCACAGCCGCCGAAUUGUUCUACAUCAGUGAUGAAUAUUUUUAUAAAGGAGUUUUUCCAUUCAGAGAUGUUGACUGUAAUGUCUAUACCGAUUUUCGUCAAGACCUAGGCAACACUACAUUUGAUUGGUUGAUCUCAUCGGACGGUUGGACAGCUACUGAAGAAGGCAAUGCGGGAAUGACGAAUAUACCCAUUGGACUAUCAGUCGUCACCACAGAAAUAGGAAAGAUAUGA